AUGUGGUCAUUAUCUUACCUUAUUAUAUAUUACCUUAUCUCUGCUUCCAAUUGCCCACCUCAGGAGGUGGCGUGCCUCCGCCAGCUGACCGCAGCCAUCCUGUUUGUGUCCUUUGUGGUUGGCAUAGUGGUCAAUGGGAUGACUGCCUUCCACAUGGCUCGCCCUGUCACCACCAUCUGGUCCUUCAACCUGGCCCUUGCCAGCUUCACUGUCUCAUGGUCCCUGCCCGUUGCCAUAUACAACAUAGCCUCCGGCCAGUGGCCCUUCAAUGAGUUGACCUGCAACCUCUCCCUGGCCUUCACCUUCUUUCCCAGCAUCUGCCUCCUGGUCUUCAUCUCUGUUGACCGUUGCAUCUCUGUCCUCUGCCCCCUCUGGGCUUAAAAUCACCACACUGUGCAGCAAGACACCUGGCUGGCUGUCGGCGUGUGGCUCCUGGCAGUGACCAUCAUUCACUUCCCGCUGGGCUUCUCGGUGCCCCUGGCCAUCAUCAGCACCUGCCACCUCGUCCACAUCAUGCUCCAGCGGGAGGGCUGGGUCCACGCCGGCCGGUGGGCGAGGUUGCUGCUGGUGUUGGUUAGCGCCUUCUUCAUCUUCUGGUUUCUGGUUAACUUGGUGCUUUAGGUCCAGUUGGGGUGAUUUUUGGUGCUAAAGAAGUCCCGCGACCCCACGAUGCUGCUCAUCCUCUGGGCUACCUUCUCCCCGGGCUGUUUCAACAGCUGCCUCAAGGCUUUCCUCUAUGUCUUCAUUGGCAGAGAUUUCCAAGGAAAGCUUUUCCAGUCUUUGCCUUCUGCCCUGGCCAGGGCGUUUUAG